GGAAGGAGGCGGAGCCGAGCCGAGCCGAGCCUGGCGAGAUCUCGCGAGUUGUGGGCCAGGAUCCCGUGCGAUUGGCCCUCGGUGAGAAGUCGCCCUGGUGGUAAAUUUGUAAACAACGUGAAAGGGCGAGAGCCGCGGCCUCGGGGGAGGGGUGAGUGAGUGAGUGAGUGAGAGAGAGAGAUAGAUAAUGAUUGUCGCGGCCGGCGGCCCCGGUAUCAAAACAUCAGCACCGAAUCGGGCGGCGGGCACAGGGCCCCGGAGGUGGGUGUGUUCGCGGGCGUUUACACGUUAACAUGGCGACGCUCUCGGUUGCUGUUGUGGGUUCGGCUCGACUGACGAGAAAGAGGGUGAAACGAGGAUCCACUGAACAUGAGUGAUGACAGACCUUUUGUAUGCACCGCUCCUGGAUGUGGCCAGCGCUUCACAAAUGAGGAUCACUUGGCUGUUCACAAGCACAAACAUGAGAUGACAUUAAAGUUUGGUCCAGCACGUAAUGACAGUGUCAUAGUGGCUGACCAAACUCCAACUCCAACUCGUUUCCUUAAGAAUUGUGAAGAGGUAGGGUUAUUUAAUGAGCUGGCAAGUCCAUUUGAACAUGAGUUUAAGAAGGCUUCAGAAGAUGACAUCAAAAAGAUGCCUUUGGAUAUGUCACCGCUUGCAUUACCACCAGUUAGAGCUAAAGUAGAGGAAACAGCCACUGUGGAAACCACUCAUCAGAACAGUCCCCUGCCUCACCCGGAGUCAACCACCAAUGACGAAAAGGAUGCUUCAUUGCAACAGACGGCACAGUCAACAUCAACUAUUCGUUCAGCAUCAUUACAAGUUCCUAAUUUGCUACUCGCCAAUUCUGAAGCUAGUGUUGUCAUACAACAUACUUUGCCCUCUCCAACUUCCACCUCUGUCAUUACACAGGUUCCAUCCACAAACAGAAAUAUAGUACCAGUAACGGGUUCAGUUCCUCUCUUGCUGCAGCUGCCUAAUGGACAGACCAUGCCUGUCACCAUUCCUGCUUCACUCUCAAACCCAUCUGUACGUAUUCUUACAACAGUUCCAAUCGUCAGGCCUAUCACCAUGGUGCCUAAUGUUCCUGGAAUCCCAGGUCCUCCACUCAACAACACUGAACCUCUCUCUCCACAACCUUUACAGUCAGAGGCCAAACUGAGACUGAAGGCAGCUUUGACACAACAGCUUCCUCAGAUUACUAAUGGUAAUGGUACCAUUUCUCAAACGAGUGGUGCAGCAACAACCCAACCGGAGGAAACACAUCCACAAUCAUUGCAGGAGGCUGCAACUUCCACAACUCAACCAGUGGGCUCCCCUGCCCAACCAACACUGCAGAUCCAGAGCACUGGUGGCAGGCGGAGGCGUGCAACGAACGAAGACCCAGAUGAGAAAAGGCGGAAGUUUUUAGAGCGUAACCGAGCAGCUGCUUCAAGGUGCAGACAGAAGCGGAAAGUCUGGGUGCAAUCUCUAGAAAAGAAGGCGGAAGAUCUUUGCUCAACAAAUGUGCAACUGCAGAACGAAGUCACCCUGCUGAGAAAUGAAGUGGCUCAGCUGAAACAGCUACUUCUGGCUCAUAAAGAUUGCCCUGUAACAGCCAUGCAGAAGAAAUCUGGCUAUCACAAUGCAGAAAAAGAUGCGAGUACUGUAGACAGCCCGUUACCUGGCAGCCCCCAAACCCAAGUUAUUCAACAUAGUUCCAUCAGCACCUCGAAUGGUGUGAGUCCCACAGCCAUGGCAGAAGCUGUGGCCACGUCAGUUCUGACUCAGAUGGCAGACCAGAGUUCCGAGAUGAACCUGCCCGUCCAGUCUCAUGUUGUCAUGGCCCCUUCGUCUCAGUCUCAACCUUCAGGGAGUUGAUUGGAUGUACUAUGUGCACUACAGAAAAUAGCAGACGUCCCAUCAGUGACUGUAAAAUGGAAAAUUGGGGACUGAGGAGACCGAAUCUCCAACACAAAUAAUGUUUUCAUGUUUAGUUGCUUUUUUUUUAUUUGUUACAUUUCAGAUGUGGCUCGAGCAAUGUAAGCAAAGUGAAUGCUUGGUUGCAGCCUUGAAAGAAAUAUCUUUUAGUCAUCAUUGUCUGGUCCAUAAAUGCCACUGGCACUUUGUUUUGUAUUCUUAAAAUAACACCUGCUUAUGUUUUUUCGUGUUUGGGUGGGUGCGGGAAGGAGGAAGGGAGUAAUCUUCCAAAGUCACAAGUUUGUUCCGUGCCAGUUGAAAAUCAAAAUUAUGUUUAAAAAGUGAGAAUUCAUUGGCUUCUGCUGUGCAGUUUUGUGAAUAACGGAGUGAGUGACUUAAAAGGUUGGUCCAAAGACUGUGAAAAAUGUAUCAAAUCUUGUUUGUACCAUACCAAAGCUCCACAUAGGCUAAAUUGAUCUGUGUUGUUGAUCGCAUGGUCAUAACAUACGAUCAGCGGUCCAAGAAUAAUUCAGCUACCAUUCUCUGACAGAUAAGCUUCACAUUGGAGCAAAGGAAAUUUAAAUUAUAUUGAUUCAAAUAGAUUGGACUUUUGUUAAAAAUUCAAGUAGAGAGCUUAUGUUGACCUGCAAGUAGUUUAACACCUACUAUCUAACUAAAUAAUUAAUCGUUGCUCAAUAAUUUCUUGGAUCACUGAUCAGGCUCUUGGAGGAGAUUUUACUCUCCGACCUAACCAUGACUUUGUUUUUAUUCAAUUUGCCUUUUCUAAUUUGCACAUUAUAAGGGGAGUGAGAGGUUGGGAAUAAGUAGGUUUCCUAUAAAUUUUAUUUCAUUAUCCUUUUUAUCAUGCCAUUUUAAUUCGGUAUUGUCAGUACAUUUAGAUUUUUUUAUUUUAUUUUUGAAAGAAAAUAACUUGCCUGAAAACCUCAGCAGUUCUGUUGAGGAUUGAGGUGAUGCAUUGUGAGUGGGUCAAUGGUUUUGACCAACUAGGAACGUUGCCUUUAAAUGUCACACUGGUGGAUUCCUAUUUAAAAUGACUAUGUAUACAAAUAAUGAAUAUUGAUUAUUAACAUUCCAUGUGCAGUUUGAUUGUUACUGAUGAGAUUGAUUGUAUGUUACCUUUCUUCUCAUUAUCAAAACAUCUGUGAGAUGUUGAUUUUACUAAAUGUGCCAUGAACACUGUAGUGACUUCUUAGUCAUACUCAUGUAACACAGGGACAGCAUAAGAAAUUACAACAAGAAUCUUAUGCUAUUUAUUGUCAACACUGAGAUAAAUAACCGUUAAAAGGAGGAAGAAAGAUGUAUCCAAACAAAGGAGCGCCAACAGCAGUUUAAAGAAGAUGUUUUUAUAUGUGUGUAAAUAUAAUCUGCUGGGGUGAAAGCAUUGUGCUGCCACAUGGAGUGAUGGAUAGCAAAAUUAACAUGACAUGGAAUGUGACUUCUCCAGAACAGCUUUACAGUUCUUCUGGUUUAUAAACGUGUAAUUGGUCAGAAUAGAAAAUAGGAAGCUGAGACGGGCUGAGAAAGAUUUGCUGGGGCCUCUGAAGAAAACCUCUUCUCGACAUGUAAUGGUAGACUAGGUACUUUUGUGAUGGUUAUCAAUUACACUAUUGUACAGGAUCCAUUUCAUCAACAUUCUUGUUUUACAGACUAUUAUCUGUCAACAAAACCUUGUGUCUUUACCUUCCUGAUUACAGGCUUCCAUUUCUACAGAGGUAGCUUGUGGUGUGCUCUUCCUCUUUGUGCAAUUUGCAUGAAUAAGUUCUCCAAGAGAAUAAAAUAAUUUAUCUACAAAGUACACGUCAAUAAACUGUUUUUAAAUGCUAA